CCCACACAGCUUUGAGCGCCCGCCCCAAGAAAAUUCACAAUUUCGAACCGGACCUCGACUUUGAGAUUUGACGACCCUCCUCGAAAAAGUCAACUGCCAAACAUCCGCCCUUCCCACCACCAACUCAAUUUAUUCCCAUAGUAUUGCGCUGCUAGACGACUGCUCGCAAUCAUGGCCGUUGGAAAGAACAAGAGAUUGUCCAAGGGCAAGAAGGGUCUCAAGAAGAAGACCGUCGACCCCUUCUCCCGCAAGGACUGGUACUCCCUGAAGGCCCCCGCUCCCUUCAACAUCCGAGAUGUCGGCAAGACUCUCGUCAACAGAACCACCGGUCUCAAGAACGCCAACGAUGCCCUGAAGGGCCGUAUCGUCGAGGUCUCUCUCGCCGAUCUCCAGAAGGAUGAGGACCACUCUUUCCGCAAGGUUAAGCUCCGUGUCGACGAGGUCCAGGGCAAGAACUGCCUGACCAACUUCCACGGUCUCGACUUCACCUCGGACAAGCUCCGAUCUCUUGUCCGCAAGUGGCAAUCCCUCAUCGAGGCCAACGUCACCAUCAAGACCUCCGACGACUACCUCCUCCGCCUCUUCGCCAUCGCUUUCACCAAGCGCCGCCCCAACCAGAUCCGCAAGACCACCUACGCUGCAUCAUCUCAGAUCCGUGCCAUCCGCAAGAAGAUGACCGAGAUCAUCCAGCGUGAGGCUGCCAGCUGCACUCUCCAGCAGCUGGUCUCCAAGCUCAUCCCUGAGGUCAUCGGUCGCGAGAUCGAGAAGGCCACCCAGGGCAUCUAUCCCCUCCAGAACGUCCACAUCCGCAAGGUCAAGCUCCUGAAGUCGCCCAAGUUCGACCUCGGUGGUCUCCUGGCCCUGCACGGCGAGUCGACGACAAACGAGGACGGCCAGAAGAUCGAGCGGGAGUUCAAGGAGCGUGUGCUUGAGGACGUCUAAAUGUGACACGAGGAUGAGUACUAUGGACAUGGAACGGCGUGUGGUUAUUUCCGCAAUGGCAUAUUAGGUCUCACUUCUGCUUGCAUUUGGCGUGGCAAUGGGUAAAGCCGCGGAAUUUUCAGAGCGGCCUCUCAUGAAGAGAUUAA